AUGCCCCAUCAUGAUGCUCUGAUCAUCACGAUAGAACUCGCCGGCGUAGCCAUUUCGAAGGUCCUCGUGGACUCUAGGUGCGUAGCCAACUUGUUGUCGCACGAAACCCUCGAGAAAAUCGAUCGACCUGACGUGGUGAUUGAUAAAUAUGCGCCUCCUCUCUUUAGCUUCGGGGGAAGCAGCGUACCCCUAUUAGGGAAUAUAGCGAUCAUCGUCAAAACAUACGACCUCGAACAAGAAACCGAGUUUUCAGUGAUGAACAAUCUCUCGCCUUUCGAUGCCAUCCUAGGACGACCUUGGCUUCAUCGAAUGAAGGCAGUACCCUCGAUUUAUCACCAGUGCGUAAAAUUUAUAUCUCCAACCGGGGAGAAAACCAUCUACGGUAACCAAAGGCAAUCACGAUCCUACUACAUGACAGGGUACCGCAAGAUGUUCUCGCAAGAAACGAACCAACCAGCGGUACGAGAUCCCUAA